GCCAGUUGCAGCAGUUGUGCAGCUGAGCAGCUGAGCAGCUGAAUAACCGAGCAGCCGAGCAGCAUAUAGCGUCUCAGGUGUCUGUCGAUUGCUUACACCAAGCGAGAAUCGCGACGUACAGAGCGGAUAUCAAAGCCAAAGUGGCAAUAAAGCCGUCGGCAUGUGUGACAAUAUCCUGAUCCAUGCUCUGUAUUAAGCCUCGCUCUCCGACUGGGAGUGCCGUGUCAUGUCCAGGACUCAGUCAAGUAUGUUGCAUGCUUUCCACGCAGAUGGUUGGUGGCCCGCGGACAUCACACAUGUUCCGAGCAAGAUCCGGACGACGAAUCGUGCAGCAACGACAGCGUGGUAUCAAUGUGCUCUCUCAAGGCUACCCAUCAACACACUUGCCAUCGAUGUGACAGAGGUGCAGGCUUCAGGGCCGUUGAGCUUGAUGAGGUGAGAAUAAAAAUAUUGUGAACGUUCCGUCGUUGCCGAUCCUGACCCUUCGGUGAUGUGGGACUCCUGGCAUCCUGUUCACCUCGACGACAGGCGGUGUCCAUCGCUCAGACUCUCCUGUUGGUCCGAUGUGAGCAAGGAGAGCUGUCUCCCACGUUGACAAUUCAGCUGGACGACGGGACUCUCGGAAAACUCGAAUGAUGCCUGGUCGCCGUGAAUGGCAGCAUGGCAGCUUGCUCCAGCGUCAGGUAUCCUUUCUAUAAGACCCCGAAGUGCCAGCGAACAAAGUCUGUUGUGCAGGUCAAACUCAAGAAGCAUCUCGGCACUUAUAUCGUUGGCUCUGUCGCUGUGCAGACUCAGCAGCGCCCGUUGUCGAUCCGCUCCGUAUUGGAGUCUACUCGCUUGAAAAAUGUUGUCCGGCACACUUGGACAGGACAGCGCAGAAGUCGAGGGCUACAAUCCAGCAUCAAUUUGUAUUGAGCACUAUCCUACUUGCCCUGAACCGAAAGUCGCCAUAAAACCACUCAGGAUUCCGACAGUCACGUUCGAGCGCUACGAACUCGAGGGCCAGCGGACUCCUAUCGAUCUUGUCGCACUCAUACGCGCGCAAUAUUAUGCGUUUGUGAGCUCGACAUGCCCCAAGUCAGAACUUUGGACAUGGAAGAAGGCAGCUAUCGAAGUAUUGUCUGUCCGCAAGGCAUUCCCGUUGAUCGACGACCAACAUGCAUUGAUGGCGAUGACUGCUUGGUUCCACUUCCUCUGUACGAUCGACGACUUGGUGGAGGGUAUGACAGAUUCAGCCGGCCGACUUGCACUGCAGCAAAGUAUCCGCCUCAUCAGAGAGUCGUGCGUAUGGGGACCAGGUCUGGACAGCAAGAGCAGCUCAAGCAGCACCAGAAAAGAACUAUCGCCAUCAACAAAUCGCAUCAGUUGUGCGAGUUCGGACACCACCAGUGAUACCAGCUCACACGGUAGCGAAGGCGGUCCCGUAGUGCAGCUUACUCAAGCGCUCAUUCGACGGUAUCACAAGGUCCUUGCGCCCGAGCAUAUCAGACACUGUGCAGAGACUGUUAUAUCCGUGCUGCAAUUCAUGCACCUCGAAAGAGGGUCACGAAUGGGAUCAGAGGGGCUGACACCCGAGGAUUACCUUUGCUUGCGCACGCAUACCAUCGGCCUGGCGCCAUUCUUCGCCAUUAUAAGAUGUUUCCUGUGCAGCCCCAGUCCCAGCGAAGACGACCAAAUCUCUCAACUUCUAGCCUCACUGUGCUCUAGUGUGACGCUCGCAGUGGGACUUCAAAACGACAUUGUCGGUCUCGAAAAGGACAUGGCCGAAGGGGAGCAGUUCAACAUGAUCUCACUCCUCGUGAAGCAGCAGAGUCAGGACCUGGAAUCCGCUUUCACUACAGUCGUCGAUAUGCAUAACAAAGCCGUGGACUCCGCCUUGACAUGCUGGACUCAACUUACUCGCGCCCGGAACUUGACAAGCCCGUCCAGGAAGUAUGCGGACUGUCUCCUUGGGUUCUUGGCGACCCAUUAUGCUUGGGCGACGCAUUCUCGACGAUAUCAAGUUCCUCGGAGGGGGUUCUCUCGGGUUCUGGGCGAUGCGAGGAAGAAGGCUCUGCUUUGGGGAGUAACUUGGAGGGCACGGAUGGUGAGAGAGGAGACACAGUACAUACAGGACUAAGUUGGAAUACAUCUGCACACAGUGAUCAGUUGCUAGCAAUUUUGAGGCUUCCUUAAUUUGA